AAUUGACAUAUAACAGAAUCCUACGAGAAAAUUUCUGUAAUGGCGAGAACCAGAACUGCCCCGUACCCCAUAACCUAAAACUCCAGAUAUCCUUCACCCUGCUAUACACAAAAUUCCAUUACAGAAAACAAUUUCAUCAGAAGUAACAAAGAAGAAGCAAUUAUGCAUAAAACAGCACAAUCAUGGUUUACAGGAGGGCCAAGUAACGAUCUGGAAAAGACACAAUCGUCCCUUUUAGCUGAUUGGAAUGCUUACGCUGCUGCCCAAAAUGAGGAAGGUUCUUCAUCUUCCGAUCUAGGGUUCGAUCUUGAAGCCGCCGUUAGAGAUAAAGUCUCCGGCACUUUUAACGUGGUUUCUAAAGGAGUAAGAGAUUUACCUGGAAGCUUCAGUUCCGCGACCAGCAAUGUUCCCUCUGGGAAGUCCCUUAUGUACUUUGGAUUAUUUCUUGCAGCUGGUGUUUUUUUCAUCUUCAUUGCAUUCACUAUGUUCCUCCCUGUCAUGGUGCUGAUGCCUCAGAAAUUUGCUAUCUGCUUCACAAUUGGUUGUGCAUUCAUUAUUGGCUCAUUCUUUGCCCUCAAAGGUCCAAAGAAUCAGCUUACACACAUGACAUCAAAAGAGAGACUUCCUUUUACAGGGUUAUUUGUUGGCAGCAUGGUUGGGACGAUUUACGUCUCUAUGGUGCUUCACAGUUAUAUUCUUUCUGUGCUCUUCUCAGUUAUACAGGUCCUUGCUCUAUCUUAUUAUGUUAUCUCCUACUUCCCCGGAGGUUCAGCUGGAAUGAGAUUUCUUUCUUCAACCCUUACAUCCACUAUUUUCAGAUGUUUUGGAAGGUGACAACAUCCGCUGUCCUAACAAUUUGCCCUUUUGAGAAUAGUCCAAAGUUUGAGAAACUAACUGUAUGCUCUUGAUGAGUUGCUUGAAUGAUAAAUGAUGAGAAGGGAAUCAAGAAUUAUUUUUGGUACAUCUUUUUUCCUACGUUUGUGCACAUUUGAACUAGAUUGGUAGUUGGAUUAGUUGUUUACAUAGUUGAAUGUUUAUGAUGUACUAUAAGCCCAAAAUCUAGACGUAUUGCGUUUUGAAAGGAAGAAUUAAAAUUUGGUUCGCACCAAAGGAUGUGGCUUAGUGUUUAUGAAGUGGGUGAAAAUCACGAGAGACCAAAGUUUAAAGUCCCAACAGACAAAAAAUACUUAGUGAUCUAUUCUCAUCUGUUUGGUGGAUAGAGUUAUCCGGUACCUCUGGUGAUGGAACCUAGCAAGUAGCGCGGCAGAUACAUGAUGGAAUAAUUGAGGUGCACACAAGCUGGCUAGGGCACUAUUAGUAUUAGAAGAAUAUCAAUGAUUUUGUUUUCCCGUGUUUUGGACAAAAGGCGGAAGCUUCAUUUCUCAAGGAAAUGUACAGACGUAACGAGGUUCCGGGGGAGCUUUAAAGGCACAUUACAUCCAGGAAAUUGGAACUUAAUAUAUUGUUUUUCCGUAGUAAACAUACAUUAUAGGUGUUGGUUGAUCUCAAAAAAUUCGAGGUCUUUCACUGGCCAAGGAAUACAUGGACUUACAAUGAGCAAAGGUGGAUAUAGUGCAGGUUCUAUGAGUUCAAUUGAAUUUAUUAUUUUCUCGCGA